GGCUAGGCUGUGGAAGUCGUUUCGAAAAGUUCACUUUUUUUUUUUCCUAUCUUAUUGUCUUCGCUUCCUGGCAUCUUUGUAGAUCUUGCUUUGAUAUUUGUGUUUUCGGAAUUUGUUAAUGUCAUGAAUGCACCUUCAUCACGGCCUGAGGUCAUCCAAGUACCUGAAUAUUAUUAUGCUGUAGACAUUAAUUACUUAACACAUAUGAUUGCUGAUAUGCUAGGAAGGCUGAUAUCACAUAAUGAUUUAAUACCACUUACACCAAGCAAUCUCACGCGAUUUCAUUCUCGAACACCGCCCAAUAUAUCGCUUAGCGAUUAUUUGAGACGAAUAGUGAAGUACACAUCGGUCGAAAAAUCAUGCUUAUUGAUUCUAUUGAUAUAUAUCGAUCGUGUAUGUGAGCUCCAUCCACACUUCACAGUAUCAUCUUUGACUGUGCAUCGAUUUCUUAUAACAGCUGUAACAGUAUCGUCGAAAGCAUUGUGUGAUUCAUAUUGUACGAACUCCCAUUAUGCAAAAGUAGGAGGCAUAUCAACACAAGAAAUAAACGCAUUGGAGUUGGAAUUUUUGGCUCUUAUAGAUUGGCAUUUAGCAUCCACUGGCCCCAUCUUACAACAAUAUUAUGCCAAUUUAGUCGAACAACAUCCUUGUUACGAAAGGAUAAUUGCUGAUCCUAUGUCAACGCAUAGAUCGCUUUUGAAAAGGCGACGAAGAAGCAGCACAGAAUCAGCAUUGAGUCAGAAAAGCUCAACAGGAGGAGAUAAAGAAGGUCGCGAGAUGGUGAAAGGGGUUGAGGAGAAACAUAGUAGAAGUGAAUCAACGGAAUUUGAAGAGAUGAAAAUAGAAGAAGAACGGACGAAGAAGCAUUUUGAUACUUUACUGGAAGAUGAUACCAUACCUUAUAUCGCAUAAAGUCAUUUAAAUUGCUUAAAUGUCAUCCUCUUACUUGUCGAAUAAUCAGCACCUUAAUACGCAUCAUACAGUCUAUUCCUUUCUACCACCUGUCAUCAACCGUCUGAGCUGUUUGUGAAGUCAAAUAUUUAUUAAAUUUUGCGCAGAGAUGAGGACUUACGAGAUAUAUGGCUUAUGAAAACAGUCCGUGGGAUUGGAUACGCAAACUACAACAAUAUAAUGGAUUAAUUACGCUGGCGUUAAUCAUACUAUACAAAGAAGCCUGGUGCAAAGCCCAGUACAAAUUCACCUAUUAAUUGUACACAAUUAUUUAAUUCUUUUAUAAUUCCCCUUUAUAUACACUGCAACAAUUGAAUCUACUGUCGAAUAGAUGCUGUAGUAUAUAGCUACUUAGAUAAACUAAGUAAAGUUGAUUUGCUCUUUUUUUUUAUGAUACC